AUGAGUUCAAAUACUACCAACGAUCCUGGAAAGGAGUCAGAUGGUUCCAACGGGCGCCGACCCAACCCCAAGCGGAGCUCCAAUGUACUCAGAACGGAGGACAUGGGAAUAAAUCCAGUCGUGGGCGGAGGAGAUGACGGCGUCCUUUUUGACAACUUAUCGGACCCAACGGCCUUGCUUGUUUUCAUCAAGGGGCAAGGCAUCAAAAUUCCUCGCAAUGGCGAUCCUCCUACAGAAGACCCCCGCAACGCCGAUUAUAUUGACCUGGAGAAUGUUCAGAGAGCAGUGGACAACAUGGAGGCAUCGCUUAACAAUGUCUCUAAUCGUCAGAACCCCCAAUCUUCCGCGCCCGUCAUCUCUCCUCAGCGAGCCGUAAAGAGAGAGCGUCAAGAUUCGGAUACGGCUCAGCCUGAAGCUCGAGCUUCAAAGAAAUGUCGACAGAGUCCAGAGGAGGCUCAAGAAGGAGCCCAAGCUCCAAACUGCGAAGCACUGCGGGCUAGGCACAACAGGAGUCAGAGGCCAGAUGGUUGGCAUCCGAAUCCAAUGCCUCAACAUAUGCACCAGAUGGGACCUCAGAUUCCUCCCCAGGUACCCAUUAUAAACGGAGAGCACAUGUCCUAUGAAAAUAUGGCACAUUUACCCCAGGUACCUCGACAGGUGCCACCUAUUCCCCAGAUAUCUAUCCAGAUGCCUAGCCAAGUACUUGAUAUGAAUAGAUGGCCUGUACACCACGCAAACUUGGUACAUAUACCUAAUACGGUUGGGGCACCUCAACAGCCGAUGAUGCCUAUGCCCCAGAUGGGACCUCAGGGGCAUCAUAUGAACGGAGGACAGAUGCAUGACACAAAUAUGGCAUAUAUGCCCCAUGCACCUCGACAGUGGCUACCUAUUCCCCAGCUGCCUGCCGAUGAUGCCUAUGCCCCAGAUGAGACCCCAGAUGGGACCCCAGAUGCCUGCCCAGGUGCCUGGCAUGAACGGAGAGCAUAUGCAUCUGUCAAAUGUAAUGCCUAUACAGAUGCGACCGGGGCAUAUGCCAACUGGACAGAUACCACCUGGACAAAUGCCAACUGGACAGAUACCACCUGGACAAAUGCCAACUGGGCAGAGACCUAA